CGCAAGUGGUUUAUCGUUGACGCUAAGGGUAAAACGGUCGGUCGUCUGGCAACGGAAGUUGCGAGAAUUUUGUCGGGUAAAAAUAAUCCCGAUUGGACUCCGUUUCUCGAUAUGGGCGAUCACGUCGUGGUCAUCAACGCACGUCACGCAGUUUUCAAAGGCUCUAAAAACGAUCAAAAAGUUUAUCGUCAUCACACGCUCUAUCCGGGCGGUUUGCGCGAAAAAUCGGUCAAAGAUAUGUUUGAAACCAAACCCGAGCGUAUUAUCGAACUCGCGGUUAAAGGUAUGCUUCCAAAGACCAAACUCGGCAAAGCGAUGGCGAAAAAACUGAAAGUUUACGCAGACGGCGAU